AUGAAAGAAUUAAUGUUUAAACGUCGCGUAAAUUUAUUGCCGAAAAAUUUUUUGGAAUAUCCCUGUUUGCUAUUUAUUAUAUUUAUCAUACCCGUAACGUACUGGUUUGAAAUAUGGGUAGUUCUUCCUUGCCUUUUUGCAGAAUAUCCAAUAGUAUACUGGUCUUGCUUUUUAUUUGGGCAUUUUAUAUUGCAUAACGUUGUUGGUAAUUUAUUAGGAAUACUAAUGUUGGAUACUAGCAUUAAUGGCAGGAUAAUGCCUACAGCAGACGUGCCUGGAGUACGUUAUUGCUCCAUUUGCAAUUCAUACACUCCACCUCGAUCAUUUCAUUGCUCUUCUUGUAAUACUUGUAUACUAAAGAGAGACCAUCAUUGUGUGUUUACUAGCUGUUGCAUCGGAUUUUUCAAUCAUCGCUUUUUUUUUUAUUUCGUAUUUUAUUUAAUGAUUGCAACAUCUCUUUUUGCACCAUUUAAUUUGUAUUUUGUUAAAAGUAAUUUAUCACUCAAUCACUAUAAUUUAGCUUUUGCCAUUUUAUUUCCAUUCGCUGCAUUACUUUUAGAUUUAGGUUCUGAUACAUUUGAUAUUAAUCUUCUGUACUUGUUGAUAUCAGUUAUCGGUAUUAUUGGUAUAUUAUUUUGCACAUCUUGGUUUUAUUUUCAUUUAAAAUUAAUUCUUAAAGGCACCGUUGUGUAUGAAAUGAAAAACUUGAAUAAUAUUUAUAACCUGGGUAAAAGAAAAAAUUUAGAAAUGGUCUUUGGGCAAAGGUGGCCACUAACAUGGGUCUCACCUUUUUUAUACUCUCAACUACCUUGCGAUGGAAUUUCUUUUCCAGUAAUCAGUUUACCGACUUAA